CAUAAAAAGUCAAAUGAGAAGAAUAUUUUCGGACGGAGGGAGUAUUUAAUAAUAAAAAUUCAUGUGGAUCAUAUAAUAAAUUGUAUUUUUAUAAUUUUUUUGAUUUUUGAUGUAAGAGAGUGGAUGAGUGAAAAGAAAGGUUGUUUAAUGGGAGAGAGGUGGGAGUAGUCCACAGUCCACACUUUACUUCAUGGGGUGCUCUUAGGGAAUACCAUACGGCAGAGCGUUAGGACCCCCGUUUGCCUGGCAAUAUCUUUUCAAUUGGUAUUCAAAAAUUUCACCUACCGCCGGGCUAGCUGAAGCCUUCAACAAACACGACUCCAUGAGCUCCCACGCCAAUCUAAGUGACCGGCGCGUGGGCCUCGUCUACGACGACCGGAUGUGUAAGCACACAACCCCGGAUGGCGAGGAUCAUCCCGAGAAACCCGAUCGGAUUCGAGCAAUCUGGAACCGGCUCCAGUCUUCCGGCAUCGCUAAGAGAUGUUUAAUCUUUGAUGCAAAAGAAGCUGAAGAUAAGAACAUAGCUCUUGUUCACUCAAAAUUUCACACGGAGUUUAUUAAAAGUAUAAGCUCCCGAAAGUUGGCUCCACGAAGAAAUUUGAUUGCUGCUCAAUUUAAUUCCAUAUAUUUCAAUGAAGGGUCGUCGGAGUCAGCUUAUCUUGCUGCAGGGUCUGUUAUAAAGGCUGCUGAAAAAGUUGCCAAUGGAGAACUGGAGUCUAGCUUUGCUAUUGUCAGGCCUCCUGGACAUCAUGCAGAAGAGAAUGAGCCCAUGGGAUUUUGCCUGUACAAUAAUGUUGCUAUUGCAGCAAGUUACUUACUGAAUGAACGUAGAGAUUUGGGCAUUAACAAAAUUUUGAUUGUUGAUUGGGAUGUUCACCAUGGAAAUGGCACUCAAAAGACAUUUUGGAAGGAUCCACGUGUCCUUUUCUUUUCUGUUCAUAGGUAUGAAUUUGGGAGCUUCUAUCCAGCCGGUGAUGAUGGGUCUCAUUUGAUGAUUGGAGAAGGGUCAGGAGCAGGAUAUAACAUAAAUGUGCCUUGGGAGAGUGGUUGUUGUGGUGAUGCAGACUAUCUUGCAGCUUGGGACCAUAUAUUAAUUCCUGUAGCAAAAAGCUUCUGUCCUGAUCUGGUCAUUGUCUCUGCUGGAUUUGAUGCUGCUGUUGGUGAUCCUCUUGGUGGAUGUCGAGUUAGUCCAUAUGGGUACUCAGUAAUGUUGAGCAAGUUAAUGGAGUUUGCUGGAGGCAAAAUUGUUAUGGCACUUGAAGGAGGUUAUAACCUUGAUUCUAUAGCAAAAUCUGUCCAAGCAUGCGUUGAAGUUUUGCUGCAACAAGGGCCUACUCCAGGGUCAGUGAAUGCAUAUCCAUUUGAGUCCACAUGGCGAGUAAUUCGAAAUGUUCGUGAAGAAUUGAGUGUAUUUUGGCCGGUAUUAGCCAAGAAGUUAGACAACAGUGUAACCAUCAAAACAACGCCUCAAAUUCAGACCAUCAGCUCAGAUUCUGAAGAUGAAAAUGGUGGUCCUUGUGUGGUAGCAGAAGAUAUGGACAAGGUCAUAGAGAGUGCGAUCGAACCACUUUCAAGCCUUAGAAUUAAUGCAGAAGCCUCUGACCAAGCUAUCACCGCUUCCUCCACUUGGCGAUCAGAACUUCGGAAAAUAGAAGUCUGGUGUGCUUCUUUUGGAUCAAAUAUGUAUUUUCCAAGAUUGCGCUGCUAUAUUGAAGGUGGACAGCUCGAAGGAAUGAAAAGACGGUAUGCUGGUUCUAUGGAUAAAACCCUGCCAAUGGAAACCAUCUGGAAGAUAUUCCCCCAUCGACUGUUCUUUGGUCGCGAUCAUACACUCCCAUGGGGCUAUGGUGGUGUUGCUUUUCUUAAUCCUGAAAUCACUGAAGACAAGUCCCGCAUGUGCCUCUAUAGAAUCACGCUUGAGCAGUUCAAUGAUAUUCUCCUUCAGGAAAAUGUUUCAAGCAAUGAAAUGACAGAUCCUUUAUUUGAUUUGACUGCAUUAAGCUCCAUUGAAGACGAAAAAACCAUCUCAGUUGAAGCUGUGAAGCCUGGGUGGUACCACAACGUUCUUUACUUGGGGAAGGAAAAUGGAAUCCCGAUUCUAACAAUGACGUGUUCCUCGUCUGAUGUUGAUAGCUUCAAAUCGGGGGAGUUUCCCAUUUGUGCCCCUUCCAAAGGCUACACCGAAGUCCUGAUCAAAGGAUUGGUGGAGGGGAAGCAGUUCACAGAAGAGCAGGCUGCAGCAUACAUUCACUAUGCUUCUACUACACCAUUGUGACCUCUCACUUUGGUGAUUUUGGCCUUUUUUGAUGUAAAUAUGUGAUUUUUGGACAUGAAAUUAGUGUAUAUUUCAUGUUCCAAAGAAAACUGUCUUUAUGAUAUGACGUUUUGUGCAAUAAUACCUAUCACUGUUUUAUACAUUUGUCAUUACCAAACUAAUGAUCUCUGGCCUGUUUGACGUUUUUUGGUUUAAAUUUACAAACUUGGACUGCAUUUUGUAAAUAAAGUGUAUUUAUAAGU